GCGGGUAGGGGCCCAUUUGGGGCAAGUCCGGACGGGGCUAGGAUGCUGCUUGGGCUCUGGGCGUGGCUGUCGGGGGGAGUGGCUGGUAGGGAGGCGGGGCUCAGCAGGGUCCGGUCCCGAGCCCGGCUUCCAGUGGGACUAGCUGGCCGCAGCGCCGAGCGCUCCCACCCAGAGCGCCUCCUCCAGCCUCCGCGCAGCCUCGGGACCCUUCCCAGAGAGCUCGGGGGGCAUGGCCGCAGGGGGGCGAUUCCCCUCGGUUCUCCCCGCUGCAUUCGCCCCCAGCUGCCCUUGUGGCCCCCUCCUCCUCCUCCAGCUGCUGCUGCUGGCUCGGGCCGGCGCCCCGGUCAGCGCUGCGUGGACUGGGAUAUCGGAACCAUCCUUUGAGGCGAAAUGUGAAGAUCGUUUGUUUAAGAACUUGUUUCGAGAUUACGAAAGAUGGGUUCGUCCGGUGAAACACCCGAAUGACAAAAUAAAAAUAAAGUUUGGCCUUGCAAUCUCUCAAUUAGUAGAUGUGGACGAGAAGAAUCAGUUAAUGACCACAAAUGUGUGGUUGAAACAGGAAUGGGUUGAUGUAAAAUUAAGAUGGAAUCCUGAUGACUACGCCGGAAUCAAAGCUAUCCGCGUGCCCUCCGACUCCAUCUGGACUCCAGACAUAGUAUUGUUUGACAAUGCAGAUGGACGCUUUGAAGGGACCAGCACAAAAACAGUCGUAAGAUAUGAUGGCACUGUGGCCUGGACCCCACCAGCCAACUACAAAAGCUCCUGUACCAUAGAUGUCACCUUUUUCCCAUUUGAUCUCCAAAACUGUUCUAUGAAAUUUGGUUCCUGGACAUACGAUGGGUCUCAGGUGGAUUUAGUGUUGGACGAUUAUGACGUAGAUAAAAGAGAUUUCUUUGAUAACGGAGAAUGGGAAAUAGUGAGUGCCACUGGAAGCAAAGGGAACAGAACAGAUGGGUGUUGCUGGUAUCCCUAUGUGACUUACUCUUUUGUAAUUAAGCGUUUGCCUCUCUUUUAUACCCUUUUCCUCAUCAUCCCCUGCAUUGGGCUCUCGUUUUUAACUGUGCUCGUCUUCUAUCUUCCUUCAAAUGAGGGUGAAAAGAUUUGUCUGUGCACUUCAGUGCUUGUGUCCUUGACUGUUUUCCUCCUAGUUAUUGAAGAGAUCAUCCCAUCAUCUUCCAAAGUCAUCCCUCUAAUUGGAGAGUACCUAGUGUUUACUAUGAUUUUUGUGACAUUGUCAAUCAUGGUGACUGUCUUUGCAAUCAACAUUAACCAUCGUUCCUCUUCCACACACAAUCCCAUGGCACCUUGGGUUCGAAAAAUUUUUCUUCAUCAGCUUCCCAAACUCCUUUGUAUGAGAAGCCAUGUAGACCGGUACUUUGCCCACAAGGAGGAAACUGGCAAGAUCAAUGGCCCCAGAUCUCCUCGGAACACUUUGGAGGCUGCUCUUGAUUCCAUCCGCUAUAUCACAAGGCACGUCAUGAAGGAGAAUGACGUUCGUGAGGUUGUGGAAGACUGGAAAUUCAUAGCCCAAGUACUUGACCGGAUGUUUUUGUGGACUUUUCUCCUGGUUUCAAUAAUUGGAUCACUUGGCCUUUUUGUUCCUGUUAUUUACAAAUGGGCCAAUAUCCCCAUACCGAAUCAUAUUGGGAAUACAAAUAAGUGAUGCUGUCUCAAGAAUGGUCUGGACGGGAUUAUCCAAAAAAAAGGUACCUGGGAUCUUUGGCAAUUAUGAAGAAAUAAAACAGAAUAAAUCAUUUUUAAAUUUAAAAAUGAGAUUGGCAUCCUCAUACCCAGUAUAAAUCCCAAUCUAUGGACAUCAGCUUUCUCUUGGAGAUGGUCUCUAAUAGGAUCAGCCUGCAGAAAUAAUGGAGUUCCCAAACUAUAUUAUUUAAAUAAUGGCAUUUUGAGAUACUAGAUAAAAUUAGAAAGUGCUCUCCAAAUUGCAUCAUUGAUCAUUGACCAUUGAUCAAUUCCUCUUCCUUUUUUGCUAUUGUUCAGUUGUUCUUCAGUCAUGUCUGAGUCUUCCUGAUCUCAUUUGGGGUUUUCUUGACAAAGUUUUUUUUUUUUUUUUGCUAUUUUUCUCCAGUCUAUUUUACAGAUGAGGAACUGAGGCAAAUAGGGUUAAGCGAUUUGCUCAAGGUCACACAGCUAGUGUCUGAGGUAGGAUUUGAACUGAGAAAGAUGAGUCAUCCUGAUUCCAAGCCCAGUGUUCAAUCUGCUUUGCCAUUCGGCUGCCCAAACAUCUUCCUUAAUUAUAUCGAUUUAUGACCAAAAAUGCAGGGGGCUUUAAAGAGAGGCUUUCCUCUUGACACCAUUGAAGAAUGAUGAUUUAAUUUAUAACAACAACUCACAUUUGCGCAAAGAUUUAAGGUUUAACAGUAAUUUGAAAUGUUUUGCCCUUGGUGAUGCAAUACAAAAUUGAAAAUCCUAAUUCUUUUCACCCAGUCAUCUUGUAAGUAAUCUCUAUUUUUUCAUUUUUUAUUAUGCUACAUUAAAUAUAUGUUUUUAUUUUAUGUAAAAUUAUAUAUGAAUAUCAUGCUGCUUUUUGGUCUUUAAAAAUCAAGAUUUUUUUUUUUUUGCGUGUGUAUGACGGAAAGUUCCCAUUGAGUUUUCUUCUUUAGAUGCUUCAACCAUUCAUUUUGUGUUAUUUCUACAUAUCUUAUUUCACCAUAAAUGGAAUCCCAUUCUUCACUAUAAAAUCAUAUAGUUAAAGUACUUGGAUGCAUGUUCCUGUAAAAGCAUUUUUUUUCAGGGCACUUAGUUUUAUUUUUGUCAGCAUCUCCUCUCCCCCAUCCUCAUUGUGGCUCAUCGAUUAAAGUAACUCAUUUUGGUUUAAAUUGAAUUGAAUUAUAAUAUUAUCUCAGGAACAUUGGGAUUCAGAUUCCACCUCCAGAUACCAUCUGAGUAACCUUGGGCUAGAAAUCUAACCUUUUUUUUUUUUUUUUUUUUUUUGUCAUAGUUGCCUAGGACUUACCUACUAAGUCUCAAUUCCAUAGUGAUGUAGAGAAGGGUGUUCCUCACUGGGAAUUUCCCACGCUGUCUGAAAUCCCAGAUCCCUUCUAGUAUUAUCCCUUUAUUCUUGUGUUUACUUUUUAAUGAACAUUAUUCAAAAUAUUACAAUUUUGGAUCAUCCUCUUUCUACCUAGAAUAUGUAUUGUAUGCAGAAGGUAUUCUCCACAAUUACAAAGACAAUUCUGGCUGGCACUUCCAUACUGGAUUUCUUAGUGGACUUUCUUUUCUAUACAAAGAAGCUUGAAGACAACAUUCAAUCUGCCUCCAAAUUGCUUAAAGCUCAUGGAUAGAGCACCAGGUCAGGAGUUACAAAGGCUCAUCUUCCUGAAUUCAAAUUCGGCAGCUGUGUGACCCUGGUCAAGUCACUAAUCCUGUGUGCCUCAAUUUCCUCAUCUCUAUAAUGAGCUGGAGAAGGAAAUAGCAAACCAUGCCAAGAAAACCUCCAAUGGGGUCACCAACAACAUCUGUGCAGCAAUGCUGAGCCUUCCUUGGCCUCUCAUUCUCCAAAUUCCCAGUCUAACUUAGGCAAGAAAAGCAAAGCAAAAGCACUUGCCUCUCUUGGUGUGAUGUACUUGAUUACAGACUUAUGGUCCAUAACGAUUUUAAACAUAUAUUCAUGGCUAACAGAACAGACAAGAAGAUCAGUCAGUGAUCGUUCCAUUUUAAAUUCUUGAAGGUUCACUUGAAUUUAAAUGGCUAUCGGACAGUCCAGCCGGGGCUGAGGCAUUUAUUCCGCAAGUUAACCACCUUUGGAGGGCAGGUCCCAUGUCUAGUUAACUUGCAUUUUAUAGUUAGCAGAUACUUUAGAAAAUCCCAUUUGAUGAUCAUGAUGAUGGAUUGGUUUAAUGAGUCUCUGUUGCCUAAUAUUUUAGAAACAGCCCGUGUCUCCAUUCAUAUAGAAUCACAGACCUGGAAGAGACCUCAGAGAACAUCUGGCACAACUGUCUCCCUUUACAGAAAAGGAAACGGAGGCCCAGGGGCAUUCCAUCCAAAAUUAAUAAGUAUUGGCGGCAAGACUCGGAAGAGAAUAGCAUGGGAUGGUCAGGCACAGAUGGGUUGCCAUCUGUAUUCUGGAGGGAAUAUUCAAAUCUAUGAGAUCACAGAACUGUGGGCAUAUUGGAACUGUUAGCACCGACAUGCCUGGAACUCUUAAUGGCAUUCCCACCCUCUGUGACUUUAAAAUGUUUCAAGUACAAAUAAAAUUCAUAAAAAUGUGUCUCUUGAAUAA